UUGCUAACUGGCUAUGCCAACAAAAACAGCACCUAAGAAGGCAAAGGGCUUUCAGGACUGUAAGUUCAGAGGAAAGUUUACACACUUCAUUUCCAGAUGGCCAUUUAAGUACGAUCCGUUCGCAAAACGGUACGAGCAAAUGCACAAUAUCCGACCUCAUCGCAUUUAAACAGAGUCAUUUUGUUGUGGAAAAUUGGCUCAGGUUUUUCAGCUAGACCAAGCAUCUAUUUCCUCAGCCCCAGGGAUCAUGGCCAAAGAUGCUGGUCUGAUUGAGGCCAAUGGGGAGCUGAAGGUUUUCAUUGAUCAGAACUUGAGCCCUGGCAAAGGUGUGCUGUCUUUAGUAACGGUGCAUCCACAGUCAUUGACUGUUGGAAAACAGCUUUUGCCAAAAACACUGGGCCCUUCCAACGUAAACAUCGCACCACAUAUGCUCAUCAGCACACCUCAGAGGCCCAGUGGCUCCAAUGUGAUCCUAAUGAACAGCCCACACACACCCAGCUCUCAGUUUAUCACCCAGAGUCAACCAUCGGAAGCCUCUCCGUGGUCUUCGGGGAAGAGGGGUAAGAAGGGGGAGAAGAAUGGGAAAGGCCUCAGACAUUUCUCCAUGAAGGUUUGUGAGAAGGUCCAGCGGAAGGGUGUCACAACCUACAAUGAGGUUGCUGAUGAGCUUGUGGCUGAGUUCAGCUCUGGUGAUAAUCAUAUCUCCCCUAAUGAUGCGCAUGUGUAUGACCAAAAGAACAUUCGACGGCGUGUGUACGAUGCGCUCAAUGUGCUGAUGGCCAUGAACAUCAUCUCCAAAGAGAAAAAAGAGAUCAAAUGGAUUGGCCUGCCCACAAACUCUGCUCAGGAGUGCCAGAACCUGGAGGUGGAGAGGCAAAGACGUUUGGAGAGAAUCAAACAAAAACAGUCGCAACUUCAAGAACUUAUUUUACAGCAAAUUGCCUUCAAGAACCUUGUACAGCGGAACCGCCAGAGAGAACAACAGACGAAAAGACCCCCACCCGCCAACUCGGUCAUUCACCUGCCCUUUAUCAUCGUCAACACCAGCAAGAAAACAGUCAUUGACUGCAGCAUCUCCAAUGACAAGUUUGAGUACCUCUUCAACUUUGAUAGCAUGUUCGAGAUUCACGAUGACAUUGAGGUUUUGAAGCGCAUGGGCAUGGCUUGUGGUCUCGAGGUGGGUAAGUGCUCCGCUGAGGACCUGAAGACUGCCAGGAGCUUGGUCCCCAAAGCACUGGAGCCCUACGUCACAGAAAUGGCACAGGGGCCUAUCAGUAAUGUCUACAUGACAGGGGCUUCAUCUGCUAACGGAGGCCGCUUUCAUGUUGGGAGUGACGGUGGGGCAGACGGCACGAUGGCCUCAAGUUCUAACGACUCCCACUACAGCGGCUCUCGGGUCGAGACCCCCGUCUCUUACAUGGGCGAGGAUGAUGAGGACGAUGACGAAUUUGACGAAAACGAUGACGAGGACUAAGCGCAGCCCUCAUUCAACCUGUCCAUCAUGCACAAGUUCUUCCAGCUGCCAUAUCCGAGGAUUGAUCAACCACAUCGUUCUUUUUACUCUUCUGCAACUCACCAUUUCCUUCACUCUCUGUCUGAGAAGGGCAUUGAAGAACACAGGCUUUAAUGGGAUGAGUUGUUUUUAUCCUCGUCUUUCUGAGCUCAGGACAAGCACAUCAUCCUAGGCUGUGUGUUUUGCCUGCUGGGAAUGAUAGUUUUCAGCUGAAGGACUUUGCUGAAGUUUAGAGGUGUCACUUUAUUCCCUGUUGCAGCGCUCCUACUGGAUGUUAUCCGCUCUGUUCUGCGUGACCCUCUGAAACCUUCCCUCCUGAAGAAAACCCCUCUUGCGUACAGCCUUGCGUGCUGUUGAAAAAUGUUGUGUGGAUCUCUGUGUGAAGUAGUUCUCUUCUGUUUUUGAAUGAUCUUUU